CCUACGUGCUUUGCCUACAAGUUGUGGUAACGGGCUCAAUGCAUUUAACGAUAUCUAUUGUGCCGAUUUCUACCUUCUUCGUGGGCUGGUGAACAACGGAACAACAGGUCGUUGCCUGCCUCGUAUUUUAUUUUUUAAAAACAGCGUGAUAUCUUCUCCUUGUCCUUCAUUCAAUCAGUGUGACCGUGCAUUUGUCAUUUAGCGGCAGCGUGAACAGUUUACACCUGGCGGGUUCCAGCUACAUAUUGUUGACUUCAGUUACCUUGGGUAGGAUAUCUGAUAGUGUACGACAGUGUAAACAAUUCCGUGGUUUAGCAGCAACUCAGCGACAAGUACAAAGAAUCUUUUUCACCAAGGCAACCAUGAGUCGCCAUUACGAAGGCUUUCAAAUGUACAACACGAGGACUUCCGAAGAAGCCCGAAGGCGCAAUCGUUAUGCGACGAAUCAAAUGAACAAUGAGUUAGGCACACAGAAGGAAUUAGAGAGACUACAUCUGGAAACAAUGAAAAAAGAAAGAAGGCGACUGGAAACAGAACUAAGUAAAAUUAGAAAUAAAGGACAAUAUAUGGUAAAACGUCCAACAAAUGUUAGCAACCAAGCCGUUAACUUUACAUUACGACAAGCUGGUCCACUGUACGGCAGUAAGAGUAAUCCAGGAGUGGGAUCGGCUUGGCACCCACCUACAGGUAAUAAAAAUAAUGGCGUUAAACGAAGAACAAGUAGAAAACGUGAAGCAGAAAAGGAGAGCCCACAGGGCAGGCAUACUACAGACACAAUCGACAGUCAAAAGCAGCAAGUUGGUAACGACACUGCACCACAGCAACCACAAGAUGUAAACAAAACUGAACCAAACGUACCAACCGUUGUCAGUGCAGAUAUAAAAGCAAAACCACUGAAGGAAGAAGUCACUGUGGAAAACGGAAUUAGAAGGAAAUCUGUAACAACAGUGACAAAAAGUGGAGCGAUAGUAGAAGUGAUAUCGUCACAGGGUGCUAUGGCGGCAACGCCAACACCGUCGCCUCGACGCAACAACAAGAAAACUAAGGAUACAAUUUCAAAUCUGAAUAUUGACGAAGCCCGGGAAUCUGUGGCAAAACGUCUCCUGUCACACGAUCAAGACAAAGCAGCUCCAAGAUCGAGUAGAAAAUCGCCGUCUUUGACGACAGUACCAGAAGAAGCCAAACCAGUGGCAGUACCGUCAUUAUCCAAGGCGCCACUUUCAGACCAAGGUUCCAAAUCUGGAUCGGCAUCAUCAACAACGGGAGGAUCAGACAAGCCUGCAGAAACCGCAUCAGCCACAAGAGACCCUGACAGAGCGACAAAACGAGAGGUGCGAGUUAAGUCGCCACCGGCCGCACAGAUAGAAGAAGCAGAAGAAGAUUCCGCGAAUGCUAGCCAAGUAGCUGAGAAUCGUGCACGAGACUUAAAACGUGUCAAACAAAUGUUGGAGAAUCCCACACAGGUAUUCGAUCAAGGAAAGUAUGCACCUGACGGGGGGCUUCGUACCAUGCAUUUGAUGCCCGAUUCAGAUGAGAUGUUUGUGGAGGCACGGAAGGCAAGGUAUCUUCGUGGCAAAGACUGGACUGGUCAACACUCAGAACUAUCCAUAAAUGAAAUAUUUGGUAAAGAAAAAAUCGACACUAACAAGGAACGUGAGGGUUCUGGUAUUUCUAACUAG